ACCUCCCUGUACCAGCUGAGCCUGGGCACCCUGGCCCUGUGCCUGGUGCAGACGGGCAGCUACGAAGAGGCAUCUGAGGCCGUGGCCAAGAAGAUCCUGAACCCAGAGAGCUUCCUCAGUGUGGACACUCGAGCCAUGGCGGUGGUGGCCAUGACGUGCACCUACCACCACACGGACCUGGGGGGCCUGAGGGAGCUGCUCCAGAAGACGCUCUCCACUGUCACCAACGGCUUCCUCGACCAGCAGGAGAGGACGGGCGGCAUGAUCGGGAACAUCUCCAGCAUGGGGCUGGCCAUGCAGGCGCUGCAGGUCACCAAGGAGUUUUAUGCCCCCCGGGAGUGGGACUGUGCCCAGGCCUUCGCCGUGGUGCAGAGGCACGACUACCAGCAGCCCGUGGCCAUCGCCCAGGUCCUGCCCAUCCUCGUGGGCAAGACCUACCUGGAUGUGCGGAGCCUGGGCAGAUUCACCAGCACUG